CCCCCGAGAUCUUCCAACAAACACACCAUGAUCAUGACCUAUUCAACCCUAGAUUCCACCACCAGUUUUUCGAGCGGCGUAACCACCGUAGAGUGCCACAAACAGGUUCGGUCAUGGCGGCUCCUCCGCUCGCUCAUGGAGCUUCUCAUCCGCGGAUGCGGCUGCCUUCUGGUGGAAGGAAAUGACUUCCGACACAAGAAACAUACUCAUCACUACAACGUCAGCCAGAACCCUAGAAACUUCUACACAUAUUCCACCGUAACGGGGACCAUAUUCGGCUCCCGACGUGGAAAAGUGAGCUUUUGCAUCCAAAAAAACCCUAAAUCCACCAGCCCGGAACUCCUCCUCGAACUAGCCAUUCCCACAGCAACUCUGGCUAGGGAAAUGAAAGGAGGGUUUUUAAGAAUAGCCCUAAAAUCCAAAAAUAGUAGUAGUACAACUACUUUUUUGAAUGGUAAUAAUUCUUCGGGUUUUUGUUCUCUUCUUUCCAUGCCGGUUUGGAAAAUGUUAUGCAAUGGAAGAGAAGCUGGAUUUGCUGUGAGGAGGAGUCCAUCAGAAGUUGAUGUGGAAAUAUUGCAACAUAUGAAAUCAGUGGUGGUUGGAGCUGGUACUUUAAGUGCAAAACAACUCCAAAAUCAAGAUGAAGAAGAUGGUGAUAUUAUGUACUUGAGAGGGGAAUUCCAAAGGGUAUUUCAUAAAUCUUCCAAAUCCGAAUCUUUCCAUUUGAUUGAUCCAGAUUGCAAUGCUAGUCAGGAGUUGAGUUUUUUCUUCCUCAGGUCUUAAUUAGAAAUAUUUUACCCAAAAAAAAAAAGUUUUACUAGUGCAUUGAAAAUUCAUCAUACAUAGUAUAGAAAUUAUUAAAGCUUAAUUAAAUGUGCUGCCAACUUAAUAAAUGGUGUAUUCGUAAUCAUCUAUCUUUUUUCUUUUCCUUUUUGUUUUUUUGGUUGGAUUUGCAAGUGGCGGCCACACCUCCUAAUGUCCUUUUUUUUUUGGAGUUGCUUUAUUGCAAAGCUCUCUUGUCUGUAUUGUUCGUUGGGGCGGUUGUGGUAAGCUUUUUCUUGAUCCACUUCUCUAAAGUGUAUAUGUAUCAGACCAUUGAAUCUGCUGGAAUCCAC